CGCCCCGCGCCGCCUCCUCGCUGCCGCCGCCGCAGCCCGGCCCCGCACCGGGCGGGGCGCCCGCGGCGCGUCAUCCUCCCCCGCCCGCCUCCGCGGCGGCAGCGCCCUCAGGAGCGAUGGCGCCGGGCCCGCCUCCCGCCGGGGGCUGCGGCGGCCGCCCCGCCGCGGCGGCUGCGGGCGCGGUCUGGCUGGGCGAUGCGGUGGAGAGGGUGCCCUGCCCCUACGACGCCCAUCACCGCGUCCCCCGCGCGUCGCUGGAGAAGCACGCCGCGUCCUGCCGGCUCCGCAAGAUGGGCUACUCGGCCGAGGAGGAGGCGGAGAUGUGCGACUCCCGCUUCUUCUACCAGCACCUGAAGGUCCCCGCUGUCGCCAUGGAUAAAGAUCUGCAGUUUCAUAUUGUUAAGCAAGCUAGAGCUCAAAGUGCAAAAGAAGGUACCAGCUACAGUGAAGGAUCUUACUCAUUACUGCCUGUGGAAGUUCCUCAAAAUCACAAGCGUUUCACCUGUGACCUGACUCAAGCUGAUCGCCUUGCUCUUUAUGAUUAUGUUGUUGAGGAAACAAAGAAGCAGAGGUCGAGAUCCCAAAUCACGGAAAAUGACAGUGACCUCUUUGUGGAUUUAGCAGCAAAAAUCACCCAAGAUGAUAGUCAGAAAGGUCCAAAGUCCCAUCUUGAAAUUCUGGCUGAAAUGCGAGACUACAAAAGGCGGCGGCAGUCAUACAGGGCUAAGAAUGUUCAUAUAACAAAGAAGUCUUACACUGAGGUGAUUCGGGAUGUGAUUGGUGUGCAUAUGGAAGAACUCAGCAAUCACUGGCAGGAAGAGAGUAGGUUGGAUAAUGCAGAGACAUGUGAAGGAGGGAAGUCAAAAUCUUCAGGAAGAAGGGAAGACAGGCGGUCAGCCUCGGUGGACUCACGGCAGUCUGGAGGAAGCUGUAAGGAGCCUGAACGCACCAGACACAGGAGGGAGAGCAGCAGGAGUCCAAACAGACGAAAAAGGAGUCGUGAGAGAGGCAAAGACAGAGUUUCACAGAGAAGAAGAGAACGGGAUGAAGACAAGUAUCACAGCCAUAAAAGAAGAAAGUAGAAACCUGGACCUGAUUGUUUUGUUUGUCAGCUGUUCAAAAAAAUUGCUUCACCAGGAACUGUCAUUACUGCUGUUGUGCCAGGGACAGUAACACUGUGUACAUAAUAUUGGUGUUACAUCACAGCUGGCCUUGGAGACAAAAAUGAACUGGUGUCAAGGUUUGUCAUGGUGGAAGCAGCACGUAUCAUAAAAUGUGUAACUGUGUAACACUAAUGCAUCUAUUGAUAAAUUACAUAGAUCUUUUUAAUCUA